UUCCACGCUGCUCUAUUAAAUUAAAAUAAAAAACAAAAUAUCCUUCAAAUUCUCAUUUUUCACGUCUCUCUGCUUAUUGUAGUUGUGGUGUGUGUUACUACAUUUUCCUACGAUUCAGGUUUUUCCUUUUCCAUGCUUGUCACUUCCUCUCUCUCAAAAAAAACCGGAGAAUUCAAUUUCUUCGUUUUCUUCUUUCUCCGAUCUCUGAAGAGGAAAAAAGAAGAAGCUUUCUUUCUUCAAUUUCGUUUCCAUUUCCUUUGAUUCAAUUCCUUAGCGUCCAAGUCCACUCAAAAGCUUCGAUCUUUUUGACCAAGAAAUUGAGGGUAUUUUACUACUUUUGCCCUUCUGUUUUUCAACAAAUUGAAGAAAAGGAGAAAAGAUAUUAUUAGGGUUUUCGUUUCUUACAAUUUUACAAAUCCCCGCAAAAUUAUCGGUGGGAAUUUGAUUUGAUUUGAUUUGAUCGAUGGCUUCGACUGCCUCGUCCUACUGGUGCUACAGGUGCAACCACUUCAUCCGGGUCCGGGUUCGGGUCGAAGACGCCGUCCUCUGCCCCGAUUGUGGCGGCGGAUUCGUCGAAGAAACCCCGACCCGAUCCCCGCCCCACCGGUUCCCCGCCGCAAUGUACAUCGACAACCCGCCCAAUCCGGAGCACAACGCAAUCCCAAUCCCAAUCCCUAGGCUCCGCCGCAGCCGGAGGAACGGUGGGGAUCGCUCGCCGUUCAACCCGGUCAUCGUCCUCCGUGGGAACGAGCCCGAGAGAGGGAAUUUCGAGCUCUACUACGACGAUGGAGCCGGGUCGGGGCUUCGGCCUUUGCCGGCUAGUAUGUCGGAUUUUUUGAUGGGAUCAGGGUUUGAUCGGCUUCUCGAGCAAUUGGCGCAGUUGGAAAUCAAUGGGGUUGGAAGGUUAGAGCAUCCACCCGCUUCAAAAGCCGCUAUCGAAUCGAUGCCGUUUGUGAAGAUCGUUGGGAGCCAUGUCUCCAUGGAGUCUCAUUGCGCAAUUUGCAAAGAACCGUUUGAGCUGGAUUCGGAGGCGAGAGAGAUGCCUUGUAAGCACAUUUACCAUUCGGAUUGUAUUCUGCCAUGGCUUUCGAUUAGGAAUUCGUGCCCGGUGUGUCGGCACGAGUUGCCCACGGAUGUGCGUGGUGGGAGUGGUAGGAGUUCGCCGGAGUUGGACCCUGUAACGGGUCCGGCUCGGGAUGAAGAGACCAUGGGAUUGACGAUUUGGAGAUUGCCCGGUGGCGGGUUUGCGGUUGGGAGGUUUACUGGGGGGAUAAGAGCAGCAGAGCGUGAGCUGCCUGUUGUUUACACUGAGGUGGAUGGUGGGUUCAAUGAUGGAGGGUUUAAUGGUGGUGGUGGUGGUGGUGGUAAUAAUGUUCCAAGGAGGAUUUCGUGGGAGACAAGUAUGAGAAGCUCAAGGGAGAGUGGCGGGUUGCGCCGUGCGUUUCGUAGUUUCUUCUCAUUCUUUGGGAGGCUUAGAAUUACUUCAUCAACCUCAAGGUCAAGGUCUGAGCCGCAAAGGAGUCACUCUAAUUUAGUGUUUAGUCGAUCGUGGAGGAGGCGGCAGCGUGGUCAGCCAGCGGCUUUGGAUGAUGACAGAUGGUAA